UGAUGGAGCCGGAAUAAAGGGGCGGCCGAGAGAGCAGCUGGUCGCCGCUCGCCGCUCGCCCCGCGCCGGGCCCCGCCGGCGGCCUGGAGCAGAACCGAUCGCUGGGGAAGGCAGAGCCUCCCUGGCGUUGCUGGGACCCCAUUCUGUAGACAGAGCUGUGCAGGCUGUCUUCUCAGUCAAUGACUUGGGCUUCUGACCAGACCCCGUUCCGUGCCUUGCCUGGGGUUCCCGUCCACCUCUGAGGUCCUGCAGCUCCUCUCCCUGGGUUGGGUCACCUUACGCAGGACACUGAAGCCGUUACUCUCCAAACCCUGUUUCAUCUUCUCAAGCAUGUCGGAGAGCUGGCAGCAGCCGCCGCAGACGCAGCCCCAGCAGCCGCAGCCCCCGCAGCCUCAGCACCACGCAGAGCCGCCGCCGGCCCUGGCCGAGCACACGCUGCCCCCGGGUACCGCUGAGAACCCGCUGGGCUGUGCUGUCUACGGCAUCCUCUUGCAGCCCGACCCAGGCCUGCAGCCCUCCCAGCACGCACCCCUGCAGGCGGCAGGGGAGCCGGGCCCCAAAUGCGGUGUGUGCGGGCACGACCUGGGACACCUGUCCAGCCCACACGAGCACCAGUGCCUGGCAGGCCACGACCGCUCAUUCCAGUGCACGCAGUGUCUCAAGCUCUUCCACCAGGCCACUGACCUGCUGGAGCACCAGUGUGUGCAGGCCGAACAGAAGCCGUUCGUCUGCGGCGUGUGCAAGAUGGGCUUCUCGCUGCUCACCUCCCUGGCCCAGCACCACAGCUCGCACACCGGCCUGGUGAAAUGCUCCAUCUGUGAGAAGACCUACAAGCAUGCCGAGGCCUCCGAACCGACCACCACCACGGCGCCAUCACUUCCCGCGGGGCACGCGCCAGCUGCGGAACAAGCCGAGAAGCCCUACAGCUGCCCCAUCUGCCAGAAGCCCUUCAAGCACCUGUCGGAGCUGUCCCGGCACGAGCGGAUCCACACGGGGGAGAAGCCGUACAAGUGCACGCUGUGCGACAAGAGCUUCAGCCAGUCCUCCCACCUGGUGCACCAUAAGCGCACGCACAGCUCGGAGCGGCCCUACAAGUGCGCGGUCUGCGAGAAGACCUUCAAGCACCGCUCGCACCUGGUGCGCCACAUGUACGCACACUCAGGCGAACACCACCUCUUCCGCUGCAACGUGUGCGAGCUGCACUUCAAGGAGUCCUCAGAGCUGCUGCAGCACCCGUGCACGCCGAGCGGCGAGCGGCCCUUCCGCUGCGGCGAGUGCCAGAAGGCCUUCAAGCGGCCCUCGGACCUGCGGCAACACGAGCGCACGCACAGCGCCGAGCGGCCCUUCAAGUGCGACCUGUGUCCCAUGGGCUUCAAGCAGCAGUACGCGCUGAUGCGGCACCGGCGCACGCACAAGACCGAGGAGCCCUUCAAGUGCGGCCUGUGCGAGAAGGGCUUCGGGCAGCCCAGCCACCUGCUCUACCACCAGCACGUGCACACACUCGAGACUCUCUUCAAGUGCCCCGUGUGCCAGAAGGGCUUCGACCAGUCGGCCGAGCUGCUCCGGCACAAGUGCCUGCCGGGCGCGGCCGAGCGGCCCUUCAAGUGCCCCGUGUGCAACAAAGCCUACAAACGGGCGUCGGCCCUGCAGAAGCACCAGCUGGCCCACUGCGCCGCCGCCGAGAAGCCCCUGCGCUGCACCCUGUGCGAGCGCCGCUUCUUCUCCUCUUCCGAGUUCGUGCAGCACCGCUGUGACCCGGCCCGCGAGAAGCCGCUCAAGUGCCCGGACUGCGAGAAGCGCUUCAAGUACGCGUCCGACCUGCAGCGGCACCGGCGCGUGCACACGGGCGAGAAGCCCUACAAGUGCCCCAACUGCGACAAGGCCUUCAAGCAGCGGGAGCACCUCAACAAGCACCAGGGCGUGCACGCCCGCGAGCAGCAGUUCAAGUGCGUGUGGUGUGGGGAGCGCUUCCUGGACGUGGCCCUGCUGCAGGAGCACAGCGCGCAGCACAGUGCCGCUGCCGCGGCCGCCGAGGGCGCCUACCAGGUCGCCGCAUGCCUGCCCUGAGCGCACACCGCGGCCCCCUUACAGCUGCCUUGCACCCUGCCCUGCCCCUCCCACCCCACCCCCCCAGCUCAGGGUUCUGAGCCCCUGUGAGUGAAGACAAAAGGUGGAGGGCGCUGGUGCUCAGCACUCCUGGCGCCAGCCUGGCAGCGCGGGAGCUGCCAUAAACCACAAACCUCCACCCGCCACAGAAUUUGCUUUCCUGAGAGCCAGCAGCCGCUGCAUGGCUCUGGGAGGCCGCACCCAGACUGGACGUCACCCUGCUCAAGGAUGGGGCAACGCCAGCCCAGCCCUCCCAGAUCUUGCAGCCUAAUUUGCAACCGGAAAGGUUGGAAAGGGGCGGCUCAUGGUAGGGCCUGGGAGACAGGCCUGCUCCCCGGAGGUGGGCUGGGAGUAGGGCUUCCCCCCAAGUUGCUGUCUGGGGGAGAAGGCCCACUUUGUGACAUGGCCUAGAGACCGGGGGCAGACCCUGGACUACGGCUCUCCCCUGCUCCAGCCAGGUGUCUAACAGGUGACACAUGUGGGCGGGGGUCCUUGGCAAGGUCUGCCUGGGGAAGUUCUUGUGGCGCCCUCAGCCAGGGACAGUGCCACCCACGGGGAAAGGAGGACAGGUGACCUGUGGUGCCAAGGGCUGGCCCUGCGUCUGUGGAAGCCGCCCCCACUUUGCAGUGUGGUUUUGAGUUGUGCUGGGGAGGGUGCUCUUGCUAGGCAGAUCUGCUGGUGUGAAAGGAGGGAGGGAAGAAGCUGGGCCAAGCUCAUGCUCCCCAGCACGUGCGGAGCAAUGUCCUCCCCCGAACUUUGUGAACCAAAGCAUCGGGCACUCAGGGCGCAGCCCGAGUCAGCUCGCCCCAGCCCUGCCUCAGGGCCAAGACCAGGCCUGGGUACCCAGGAUGGGAGAACGGCCUCUACCCUACAGUGCCCUCCCAGACCACGGGCAUACCACGCACGCCCAUGUGUCCGCUGGCCUGCACCGCCCUGGACAACACCCGGCCACUUCCAGACCGGCGUGUUCUCCUUCGGGUCAUUCAGGAGUGCCCCUGGCUCUCUGGCUGCCACAGGGCUCAUGGAGCAGAGGGUGUCCAGGCAGGGGGAGGGGGAGGGGGGACAAGCGGGUUACGGGAAGCAGUAGGUGCAUGGAGUCGCUGACCCUGCUGGACAGCCACGGCUGUCCUUGGGAGCCCAGAAGGACCUUGGUUAGCAACUUUCUGAACCCAGCUCUGCCCCCUCCCCUCUGCCAGCCCCACCCUUCCCUGUUUGUGGCUCUUAAAAGAAGACAGCAGUGCACACAUGAAGGGCCCAGGGGCAGGGGGCCGCCACCUUGCUUCUUCCUCCCCUCUCAGAGUCUGACAGUCACAGCUGCCUCCUCUCUGGCCGGGUUGCUUCCAGCGCCCGAGAGGGGCUGGUCCUUCCCCUGGGCAGACUCUCUGACAAAAUCCCAGCAGACGUGGAACCCGGACUUACAAUGUCCCAACUGCUAGUUUUCCCCUUUCAUUUUGCUUUCUGAAAGCAGUUUGUAAUACUAUUCAUAACACUGUAUAGUUUAAUUUCAUGUCAUUUUCAAUCUUCUAUAAAAAUGUGUGAACUUGGAUUUUUAAAACAAAUGACUCCAUUUUAGGUAGCCACUUUUGAUGUUAAUAUAUAGUGAGUCCAAUGUAUGCUUUAGAAGUAAAGACAUUGACCGUCAGAGACCCAGAGCACUGCUUGUUUGGUCCUUCUUCCACCGGGGCACGAGUGGCGGGAUGUGGAGAGGCAGAGAGGCUGUGCAGGCGGAAGUGGCAGGGUGAGCCACCUGGGCUCAUGGAGCUGGGUUUCAGUCCUGUGCUUUGAACAUCCUGGCUGUGUGGCCUUAGGCAGGUCCUUGUCGGGACUCAGUCACGUCGUCUGUGAAAUGGAGAGGUUAAUCCUCAUCUUGCGUGGUUGUUGAGAAUUAAAUGGAGUCACACGGGAGGCCCUCGUGGGGAAGCUGUGAAGACGCUGACAGCAUCAGCUGCAGGACACCUGGGGCUCUUGGGUAUGGGCCUGCAGCCUCUUGACCUUCCCCGAGUUAAUUGCAACCCUGAGGGAUCCAGGCCUCACGAGAGCCCAGCAGCUCAUGGAACGGCAGCCCCAGAGGCCAGGGCCUGGGCCUGGUAAGCAGGAGAGCCUACUCAGGCCCAGUGGAAAACCAGUGGCCUACCCAGAGCAGCCAGGAAUCCAGACAACCAGGCCCUCCCCCAGGGCUGGUCUGCUGUCAGCCCACUGCCUCCCGUGUCCCACAGUGACCCUCUGUGUGCCCAGCAGGCCACCUCCCACUUCAGCACCUUUUCUCCUGCACCCCUUGAAGGGGAGGAGUGGGGAGAGUACAGCCCCCUAGUCUGGCUCUGCAGGAGGCCGGGAGAGGUGAGGGUAGUGAGGGAGAAGGUGCCCACACCACAGACUGGGUGCGGAAGGCUUAGUGAAAGGCGGGGAGCCCCUGUAGGACCGAAUGCCACACUCUACGCUGUGUGUGGCCACAAUAGAAGCCGCCCCGGAGAAGCCUCAUGGCCCCUUCCUGCAGGCUCUACCUUGCAGUACAGGGACACCCAGAGUCCCUGCAUCUGGGUCAGGCCCACCCAGUCCUUCCUGUCUAACUAUGUGUGACCUUAGGCAAAACCCACCCAGCCCAUAGCCUCCUGGGAAGCACUGGCUUGUGUUUGGUGCUUUCCAAGUACGGCUUGGGGUUGCCCUUCCUGCACAUGCCAGGGGUAGAAGGAACCCUGGCUGGGCAUGGCCUUGGCUUCCUUGGGCCCCUCUCCCCUUCCUCAUCUCAAAGUGGGGUUCCCUCAGCUCCUGUCUGGCCCUCAGCCUCUGGGCUCCAGCCUGGGCCACCACCAGGUUGUGAACGGACAGCUGGCCUAGGAGCCCAGAUGCUCGGGUUCAAGUCCUGGAGCUUUGGUGACAAGUGACCUGACGCUGCCCUCUGCCUCUUGGGGCCUCAGUUCUUAAGCAGCCACUCGCUGCACAUGGCCGUUAUAGCCCCUGGUGCUUCUCCCCCAAGCCUGCCUGGAACCCAGCCUGUCUCCCAUGCCCUGUAUCCCAGGUGAGUCUCCCUCUCAGAGCACAAGGGAACUCCAGAUGUGGUGGUGAGGGCUACGAGUUAGUGCUGGAGUCUAGUCUCUGGCUAAGAUGGGAAGAGGGUGUGCCUUGGGGUGAGGGAGGCCCCCGGAGGGGAGGACCCAAAGCUCCCUUGUGGGGGUCAGCAAGGUCAUGGAGGAGAGUACUCUCCCAGGUCCUAGAAGUCAGUGUCCAGGCGGGCUGGGCCACCUAAGAAAAUGUUCCUAGGGAGGAGGCUGGGCUACUCCAGGCUAGGCUACUCAGGGGGAUGGUAUGGAGGGCUGUAUGCCCCAGAGUCAUGGUGGCAGUUGUCAGGCGUCCAAGCUAAGGGGACCACAUGCAGACCUGGCCAGUCUUGCCUCCACCACCUGUUGGUUCCAAGGCUUGAGGGUGAGCCGCUCCUCGCCUGUGAAAUGGAGAAGGUUAUGCUCUGCAGAGGCAUACAGUGAGGGCACAGUGGAGGGACACGUGGAGCACUGGGAGGUCACAGGCCAGAGGGAGCCGGCCCCACCUCACAUUGGACCUCUGCACCCAGACUGAGCCUCGUGCUGUCCCUAGGAGGUGGGCAGGUGCGCCUGGAUGUUCCCUCCGUGCAGACCCUGGGAAGGUCCAGGAGUAUUUCAGAGCUACUCCAUUAGUAAUGAAAGUGGCCUGCAGUUGUGGGUCUGGCUGGGUGAGCCUGGUGCCUGCAUGCAGGUGGACAGGCAGUGGGGCCAGCACAGCUCUAGGCUCUGAGCCAUGUAGGCCUGGGGUUCAGCCUCCAACCCGCCCUUAGCUGGCUGGAAGCUGGAAUGGUGACCAGGGCUGGCCUGGCCACCAGAUCUGGUCAGGGGAGCGGGAAAGCUCCCCACCAGCAGGCAGAGAGGUGGCCAGCCCCUCCGGCCCUCUCUGAGCCCCAUGAGGGAUGGCAGCUGCUGUGUUCUGUCUAGAAGGCCUAGGCCUCCCCAGGCACUGUGGUGAGGGACUUUCUCCCAGCCUCUAGGCCUCUGUCCAGAUGCUGGAAAUCUGUCCAAGGCCUCCCUGCUUGGGCCAGGCUCCGCAUCCCAACUCGGCACAGGUGGUUUCUUUGUCAUUGAUUCCUAAGAAUCGUCUACAUGGAGUGUGGCGUGAUGAUUCGAUCGAUGAUUACAGCUGGUCAAAUCUGGGUGCCUAGCUUUUCCGUCUUCUUUCUCAAGUGGGGAGCCUCCAGGACCCCUGCCUUCUGGUUCUUGCUGAGCUGGGUUGUUGGAUCCCAAGCUCCGCCCCCUGGUCCUCCCAUCUGCCUGCGUCUUGGUACCCUCUAGCCAGCCUCUAGAGCCCUCCCUCUCCCUGGCCUUUAAUAACCACUCCUCUGUUCUCUUCUUCGAGAUCAACUCGUGCAGCUUCCGCGUCUGGCUUGUCUGAUUAACAUAAAGUGCUGCUGGCCCGUCCAUUUCCAGGCAGGUGGUCUCUUUGUUCCUUGAAGGUCAUGUGUGCUCCGGCAGAAAGCCUUGGCCGCUAUGGAUUCUCUCAAAUCCACAAAGAUUCCGGCUACAACACUCAGUCCUCAGGGCUCUGAAAAGGAGGUCAAGGAGAGGGGUGGGGUGGGAGGGGGCUGUGGGGAUCUCCCUCUUCACUGUGUGCGUCUCCAUCCCCGGCCUGGGUCUGCUUCCUGCCUUUGUUCGGCCACGAGCACUACUGAGCACCUGCUGUUUGCCAGGCACUGAGCUGGCGCUCCCUACAGGGCACAAAAGCAAGAGCUCCCGAUGAGAGAGUUUUGAGGGUUUUGUGUAGCAAAAAGGUACUGUCAAAAAAUGUCAAAACUGCUGAUAUCUGGUGCAACGUAGCAUGUGCAAGAGUCCUCCCUCACCCUCGCCCCGCCCCGCCCCGGAACCUCCCGCAUUGCCAGCCCCAGGUCCCGGUUAGGCUGUGUAUUCUGCAUGUGAUUUGGUAAUA